AUGGAAGAAGAGAAGCUACUUCCAGGUGAGAAGAGGGCCAAGAGUAACGACGAAGAGGGCGAUAUGUCUGCGAGGGAGACAAGACCUUCUCGGCCGCAAUGUAUUGGGAAAAGAUACUACAGCGUAUGGAAGAGAAUAUGGCCAUGGGUAGCCCAUUGCAUUUUGCUCAUGGUAUCAUUUGGUGCUCUUUCAAGAUCUGUGAUAAUCAAAAACUCGCUCCCUGCAAAUUGUUUGGAGGCCCGACGCCAAUGGUUAAUUGUGAUGGAUCCUGUUCCGGAACAGGUUCAUUUUGAGCGUACAAGAGGAAGCUUCAAUCGCUCUUCGUCGCGUUUCAAGGGGCCGCCAUCUCCCGCUGUCGAUUUAGCUUGGGAUGAGAUGACAGAAUACGGAGCUCUGAGUAUAUCAGAAGAAGUAUACGAGAAGUUGAAUACGUCAAAGAAUGCCGUCAAGAUACCGCCAGAGUAUGGAGGGGGUAGACAAGCCUAUCUCGAAGUCUUUCACCAGCUGCAUUGCUUGAGAAGUCUGUGGUGGCAUACAUACCCAGACUAUUAUACCGAAGCCGCUGAAAACAUAAAGAGAAACGAUGAAGAAUGGCAUGAUCAUAUGGAUCAUUGCACCGAAAUGCUUCGACAAAAGCUUGUGUGCGAUGCAGAUGUACAGGUGCUCACAUAUAACUGGAUAAGAGGCCAUGAUUUUCCGCAUCCAAAUUUUAACACCCCACGGCAAUGUCGAAGUUUUGAGGGUGUUCAAAGUUAUGCCUUGAAUAACGCUAUGAACGGCUCGAAAAUUCCUGGAGGUCGCCUCGCAAAACCGAAAGAUGGCUCUGUGAGGGAGUACGAAGAAGCACCAUUUGACCCUCUUGAUGAUGGGUGGCCUUCUCAGUAG